UGACGGGAAGGAACGCAUGACGUAACGUCCUGUGUAAACAUGGCUGCGCGCUGGCGAAAGUCACAUUACUGCAAGUGCUGAAUACCUCCAUUUAUUAAUGUUCAUUAUUAACUGUCUGUCCAGCAACAAAUUAGCUACAUCUGGGAGUACUUUCUACACUUCGCAACUGCAGCAGUCCGGCAGGAUAAUUCAGUCAGCAUCAUGGUCCAUCUAUCAUCCCUCCUUCUAAAGAAGUACCACGGGGGGCACGUCGUCAUCCGCUUGGCGCUCGCUGGCCACAAACAGGCCAACAGACCCUUCUAUCGUAUUGUGGCAGCUUACAACAAAAGGGCACGAGACAGUAAAUAUUUGGAACAGCUAGGUUCCUAUGACCCCCUCCCAAACAUCUACAAUGAAAAGCUUGUCAGCUUCAAUUUUGACCGAAUCAAGUACUGGAUGGGCUGUGGUGCACACCCCACAAAGCCAGUAGCCAAACUUCUAGGGUUGGCAGGAUUUUUCCCUCUGCAUCCCAUGACAAUAACAGAGGCAGAGCGGUGCAAAGCUCUCGCACAAGUGACAGAAACAGUGACGUCAACAGAGGAAGGUGUGAAGGAGGAAGAAAAACAUCCAGAAGUAUGAGAGUUAUAGCUGGGGACUGUGUGAGAGACUGACCAGUAUCAACAGAUGUCACAGUCAUUUGCAAAGACAACAAAUCAAUUCAUUUUAUCACCUUUCGGAUGGACUUCUCAUGGCAACUUGUUAUUACACAGUGCACUUCUAGUCACUUAAAUCAUGUCUAUGAACCAUGCACAUAGAAUUGUGAUAUCUCAUAAAAUUCAAGCAUGGGGCAUCAUAACAGAUGGAUGUUUGAAUUCACUGCUAAUUAAUUAAAGAAUUACAAUGACACUAGUUUUAUUGUGUUCAGCUGCAUAUUUUUAUUGACUUCUGCACAGAUUGUCAAGCAAUGAAUCAAUUUCCUUGUUUCUUUUUGACUGAACAGUGGUUGCAUACUUUCGUUCUCUGUUUGUUUUUUACGACCCAUGCCAGAAGGUAAGUUAUGGAAAUUACUUGCAUGAGUAAACA